GGGGCGGGGCGCAGGCGCAAAGCGGGCCGCAAGGCCGCGCAUGCGCUUGGGGGGCGAGGUGCAAUGGCAGGUGUCCGGGGCGGUUGGCUCCUGGGGAUGUGGAGGCCUUUUCUGCUGUUCCUCGCGCUGUGCGCCGCGGGCGCCCGCGGCCUCUACUUCCACAUCGGCGAGACCGAGAAGCGUUGCUUCAUCGAGGAAAUUCCCGACGAGACCAUGGUCAUCGGCAACUACCGGACCCAGAUGUGGGACAAGCAGAAGGAGGCCUUCCUGCCCUCGACCCCCGGCCUGGGCAUGCACGUGGAGGUGAAGGACCCGGAUGGCAAGGUGGUCCUGUCCCGGCAGUACGGCUCCGAGGGCCGCUUCACGUUCACCUCGCACACGCCCGGGGAGCAUCAGAUCUGCCUGCACUCCAACUCCACCAGGAUGGCCCUCUUCGCUGGGGGCAAGCUGCGCGUGCACCUGGACAUCCAGGUUGGGGAGCACGCCAAUAAUUACCCAGAGAUCGCAGCCAAGGAUAAGCUGACCGAGCUGCAGCUCCGUGCCCGCCAGCUGCUUGAUCAAGUGGAACAGAUUCAGAAGGAGCAGGAUUACCAGAGGUAUCGUGAAGAGCGCUUCCGUCUGACCAGUGAGAGCACCAACCAGAGGGUGCUGUGGUGGUCCAUCGCACAGACUGUCAUCCUCAUCCUCACCGGCAUCUGGCAGAUGCGUCACCUCAAGAGCUUUUUCGAGGCCAAGAAGCUGGUGUAGCACCCUCUCCAUAUGACCCUUCUUUCUGCCUCAGUUAUUUCCCCACCUACUCCCUUAGCCAUCUGGAGUUUUGGUGGGGAGGGGAGAGGAAAAACAUACCACUUUGGUACCAUGGCAACGAACCAUUCAGAUCAGAUACUUGUUUAAUUCUGGUUCUCAAGGACACAGAACACUGGUCCAAUCUUUCAAGAUCUGUUUUAGGACUUGUAAGGAAUUGGAACUCAGCUAAGAUUAAGUCUUGUUUCUUUUGCCUCCACUCAUUCCCUUCUUUCACAAAAUGAGCAAAACCUUCUAUUUUCUCUCUUACAGGCUUAUACAUAGGUCCUGCCUCACUAUCCCCUGGCCAGUCCUGGGUCCCUCAAUGGCCUUGUGAAUGUAAAUACGGGGCAAGUCUCACCCCAGAGGAUCGAGAUGUUUUUCUAUAUAUUAGAACUAUUUUUUGAUAAAUUAUAUAUUUUCCUUCCUAGUUGAAGUGUUACUGCCUGUAACUAGCAGAAAACACCAAUCCAGCCCUUGCAUAUUGUGUUUAUUCACAUUUUUAAUAACUGCCAUGGCAGCUCUCAGGAUUCUACCACUUGGUGGGCCAGAAAGCAGUUGUCACAGCUGCUGUCAGGGCCAUGCGGCUUCUCAGAAGGCCAAGCAAAGCUCUCCUGGAUGCCUGUGAUCCCAUCUCACAGGGCCUGGAUGUCAGAGGUAAGGGGGGGACAGAGCUGGCACAGGCAGCGUGUGCUGACCCUGCCUCUUCCCUAAGUCUUACUUAAGCUCUGGUAAAUGAUUUUUCAAGGGAACCAGAUUUGGUUCUUGCUAUAGAUUUUUCCAGUGAAAUAAAAGUGUGUUAUGGUAGCUGUGUUUGACAUGAAAUCAGAGGUUGUGGCGGAGGGGAGACAAAAAGCGGGAGGAUUCCUGGCCCGGACUGCUGGCGUCAGUGUCCUGAGGGGACUGCAGUGUGGCCUCGUCCUUUGUGUCCAACUCAGCAGGCCCUCCAGCUAACCAUUCUCGAAGGCCAGCCAAGUAGAUAGCACAUCAGCCAGGGACUGUGAGAUUAAAUACUUGCUUUCUUAGCCCUGAAUCAUAAGCUUGAAUAACUCAGUAUACUUUUCUCCUGCCCUUCUCCUGUAGGAAUCUUCAUAUGAUUAGUUGUCCCUUUGUGGCAUAUUAAUUCAUAGUCUUACAUAUUUAUUUGAAAUUCUAUUUAUUAAAUUACUUUAUCUGACCUACAAAACUAAA